AUGCUUCGACGAGUUUUCCCUGCGAGCCAGUCUGUCGCAAGAUGGGCACUGCCGGCGCUGAGCGGAGCGCUGCGUCACGGGCACCACCGGCUGACGCAGCAUGACUUCUCGGAGUGUUUUUCGCGCAAGUUGUCGAGUGAGGAGGAGGAGGCGCUGCAAAUCCUGCAGGAGCAUCGCCCCGUCUCCGCCGUUGUGCCGGGCAAGAUGUUUAUGCGUCACUGGAUAGCUGCAGAGCAGUCAACCGUGUCCGUAGUGAACCGUGUCAUUUCCGGCAUCAUCUCCGUCUGCCUGAUGAUCUGGAGCUGCGGCUACGCGACGCUGGGCUACAACGGCCACGGCUGUGCUCACCUGGCGGGCUGGUUUUUCAUCGCGUACUGGCUGAUUCUCCACACCCACUGCAUGGCGCUCUUCCCCUUCUUUGCGACCAUUGCCGUGCUGCAGCUGGUCGUGAACUAG